CAGCCUGUUGCUUAUUCAUUCAGAGUGGGAAAGCGCCAGCCCAGCGGCCAGCCAGUACCGGGCUGGCCAUGUAAGGCCCCCAGGCAGUCCUGCCUGUCCGGUGCCCUGCAGAGAGCCUCGUGCAGCCCUGGGCACCGCCCCUGCCCUGCCCUGACCCCUUGGCCUCGAAAUGCUGUCAUCGGAGGAGCCGUCCCGCUCGGGACAAGGCCAGGAUGGACAAAGCUAGAGCUGGGGCAGGCAAGGAGCCGUCCUGUCCUCGAGGCCGUGGGAAGAGAAGCACGUACAGGAGUACACUCCUGAGAGCCUCUCGGUCCACCAGGCCUCUGCAGAGGGGCCACCAUGGCUGUACCCCGAGCAUGCUGGCAGCUGGGGGCCCUGGUGUGGGGCGCCUGCCUCUGCGUCCUGGUGCACGGGCAGGAGGCGCGGCAGGGGCAGGGCUCGGACCCGGGGCGCUGGCGGCAGCUGAUUCAGUGGGAGAACAACGGGCAGGUGUACAGCCUGCUCAACUCCGGCUCAGAGUACGUGCCGGCCGGGCCCCAGCGCACCGACAGUAGCUCCCGGGUGCUGCUAGCCGGCGCACCCCAGGCCCCGCAGCGGCGCAGCCAAGGAGGCCCCCGGCGUCGGCAAGCCCCGUCGCUGCCCCUGCCAGGGCGCGUCGGCUCGGACACCGUGCGCGGCCAGGCGCGGCACCCGUUCGGCUUCGGCCAGGUGCCCGACAACUGGCGCGAGGUGGCCGUCGGGGACAGCACUGGCAUGGCCCGGGUCCGCACCUCCGUCUCCCAGCAACGACACGGGGGCUCCGCCUCCUCGGUCUCGGCCUCGGCCUUCGCCACCACCUACCGCCAGCCGCCCUCCUUCCCUCAGCAGUUCCCCUACCCGCAGGCGCCCUUCGUCAGCCAGUACGAGACCUACGACCCCGCGUCGCGGACCUACGACCAGGGCUACGUGUACUACCGCGGCGGCGGCGGCGGUGGCGCGGGGGCGGCGGCCGUGGCCUCGGCGGGGGUCAUCUACCCCUUCCAGCCGCGGGCGCGCUACGAGGAGUACGGCGGAGGCGAGGAGCAGCCCGAGUACCCGCCGCAGGCCUUCUACCCGGCCCCCGAGAGGCCCUACGCGCCGCCCCCGCCGCCGCCGCCGCCGCCGCCCGCCGACGGCCUGGAUCGCCGCUACUCGCACAGCCUGUACCACGAGGGCACCGCCGGCUUCGAGCAGCCCUACCCCGACCCGGGCCCCGACGCGCCGCCCGCCGGCGGCGGCGCCUACGCCGCCGACCCCCGCCUCGGCUGGUACCCGCCCUACGCCAACGUGCCGCCCGAGGCCUACGUCCCGCCGCGGGCCGUGGAGCCGCAGCCCCCGUUCCGCGUGCUGGAGCCGCCCUACCUGCCGGUGCGCAGCUCCGACGCGCCCCCGCCCGGUGGGGAGCGCGGCGGCGCGCAGCAGGGCCGCCUCAGCGUGGGCAGCGUGUACCGGCCCAACCAGAACGGCCGCGGUCUCCCUGACUUGGUCCCGGACCCCAACUACGUGCAAGCAUCCACUUAUGUCCAGAGAGCCCACCUGUACUCUCUGCGCUGUGCUGCGGAGGAGAAGUGUCUGGCCAGCACGGCCUACACUCCGGAGGCCACUGACUACGACGUGCGGGUGCUGCUCCGCUUCCCCCAGCGAGUGAAGAACCAGGGCGCCGCGGACUUCCUCCCGCACCGGCCACGGCACGCCUGGGAGUGGCACAGCUGUCACCAACAUUACCACAGCAUGGAUGAGUUCAGCCACUACGACCUGCUGGAUGCGGCCACAGGCAAGAAGGUAGCCGAGGGCCACAAGGCCAGCUUCUGCCUGGAGGACAGCACCUGUGACUUCGGCAACCUCAAGCGCUACGCAUGCACCUCUCACACGCAGGGCCUGAGCCCCGGCUGCUAUGACACUUACAACGCGGACAUCGACUGCCAGUGGAUUGACAUAACUGAUGUGCAGCCCGGGAACUAUGUCCUCAAGGUUCACGUGAACCCGAAGUAUAUUGUUUUGGAGUCUGACUUCACCAACAAUGUGGUGAGAUGCAACAUUCACUAUACAGGUCGCUAUGUUUCUACAACAAACUGCAAGAUUGUCCAAUCCUGAUCUCGGAGAGAAUGGACACACGGCCAAUGUCCCCACUUCCCAAAGCCAGCCCGGCUCCCCAGGAAGCCUCCUGCCAGGACAGACCUGGCCCCGAGGGGCCCAGCCCCCACCCACAGGCAGGGGCAGCUGGAAGCCACAGGCAUCCCUCCCUGCCGGCCUCAGGGAGCAAACGCAGACCGAAACCACAGGGAUUCCGGAUGCCAGGCCCAAUUUUGUACUUAACUCUUCUCUACAACGUUAUUUUGUCGAUGGUUGGUUUUUAUUUUUUGUAUUUUGGCCUUACCACAGAGCAAGAUUGCCCAGACCCCGGGCUGAAUAAAACAAGGUUUUUCUA